AUGGACGAUAAAACCGGAAACCGAACGGAGAUAGGACGUCGAUUCGUUCGCCAGCGACGCCCUUUUCAAGACGUUAGCGAGCGUCUAGUCUACACGGACGGAUCGUGUACGCGCAACGGCCGCGAGGACGCCACCGGACACAGCAUUGUUGCAUAUGAACCGAAGCUCGACGCCCCGGUGUACCUCACCACCAAGCGCUCAUUGAUGGAUAUGGCGGUCACCCGCUCGCACACGCUGCCUGACCAAACGCUCUAUGGACGUCUGCGGUACAUCCGCCCCUCGAGCAAUCGCGCCAAGCUCUAUGCCACGAUUCUGGCGCUGCAAGCCUGCCCAUGGGCAAAGGAGGGUGGGAAAACGCUUGUGGUCGCCGGAGAUCUGAAGUACGUCGUGCGAGGCAUUACAGAGUGGGUGUGGAGAUGGCGCGAAAACGGGUGGAUAAAGUCGGACGGGGAUCGGGUGAAGAACGUCGACCUUUGGGAGUUGCUCCUUGAGCGCAUCCUGGAGCUCUACGAACAAGGUGUCACUGUCAAGUUUUGGAAGGUCCCUCGGGUGAAGAGCGCUUGA